AUGGAGGAUGAUGCACGCGGGAGUGAAUCCGUCGUGGCGCCACUGAAAGCUGCGAACGGAGACCAUCAACCCAAGAAACUGCCCAAGGGAAUUGUCUUGGGCAAAGACGGCAAGCCUUGUCGAAGCUGCACAUCCUUUGCUGCAUGGGCUGCCAUGACCAAGGAAAAUGCCCGCCAAAACAACCCAGCGGGUAGCAACAAGACAUUGGCCACAGAUAUGUCGCAGCCAAGUAAUCCGCCAUCAGAUUGCCCUCCGGAUGUGGAAGCCCUGGGCCGCGGAACAUGGACGCUCCUUCAUUCUAUAGCGGCCUCGUAUCCCGAGUCGCCAUCUAUGUCACAACAGUCGGAUCUUUUGAGCUUUGUCAAGCUCUUCUCCAAAUUGUACCCAUGCUGGGUUUGUGCCGAAGAUUUCAGAACAUACAUUGGACGGGAGGUACCGAAGGUUGAGAGUCGCGACGAUUUUGGCAAAUGGCUAUGCGGUGCCCACAACGACGUCAACCGAAAGUUGGGCAAACCAGAAUUUGACUGUUCACGGUGGCAGGAGCGUUGGCGCACGGGGUGGAAAGAUGGACGAUGCGACUGA